CCAUCAAACAUGUCUGUUCUCAAUCACUACAGCUGUAGAAAUGCAGGCGUUUUACAAGUUACACUUCUAGUUUGGUCAUUACUAAUCGAAUGUACCAAUGCGAGAAUAGGUUACUUUUGGCACAUUACAGAUCUUCACCUGGACACAAUAUAUUCAACGGAGGGAGAUGUUAUGAGAAGUUGUUGGCGCAUCGAUCGACAACCGCCACCCAGCUCGUCCACACAUUCACCCGGUCGUUAUGGUGAUUACCUCUGCGAUAGUCCUUGGAGCCUAAUUGAGUCUGCUGCUAAAGCAAUGAAAACGCGCCAGGGCGACAAUGUGGAAUUUGUUCUGUGGACAGGAGAUGGUUUAUCUCACUCAGCACAUCCAAUGUCCGAAAUGAAAAAAUUGGAAAUCCUGCGCAACAUUACCGAUUUGCUUGGUCGAACAUUCUCUUCGCAAUUUGUAUUUCCGGUUCUGGGGCAUGAGGACGGUACAACAACGAAUUUCCGGCACAUGGGCGAUUUGUGGCGACAUUGGCUGCCAACUGAAGCAUUGCAUACAUUCGAAAAAGGUGGCUAUUAUUCCAUUGAGCAAACAAAAAGCCGUCUCCGUAUUAUAGCAUUGAAUACAAAUUUCAUGCGACAUGAUCCAAAAUAUUCGCAAAGCCAUUUGGCAGCUGUUAGGCAACGUAUGCCAUCCAAUGCAGCGGUCGGCAGCGGCGGUGGUGGUGGUGGCGGCUCCGAUUCAUCAGAAUACAAAAAUUAUUAUUACCAUCAUGGCAACAUGCAUCAACAUCACGGUCAUGCCGGCGACUGGACAUCAGGCCAUAGCUAUGGCUAUGGCAGCCAUCAUCGUGGCAUUAAUGUAAUGCCCGGGAGCAUGCACUACAAUGGCAUGGAGACGGGUGGACGUGUAAGUGCUUUGUCGGAAUUUGAAAAUCAAGAUACAGAGAAACAAUGGAUUUGGCUGGAAGAAGUUCUAUCAAAAUCAAAGGCUAACAAGGAAACGGUCUAUAUUGUCGGACAUAUACCGCCUGGGUCGGACGAACGUCAUAUUGGCCUACAACAAAACGGUCACACCACAUUUACCGAGAGCAACAACAAACGUUAUCUGGAGCUAGUAAGAAAAUACUCAUCAAUUAUUCAGGGGCAAUUUUUCGGUCACUUGCAUUCCGAUUCAUUUCGAAUAAUAUACGACGACAAAGGUACACCAGUUUCUUGGAUGAUGAUAUCGCCAUCCGUUACACCAAGGAAAAUGAGUGUGGGUUCCAAUAAUCCUGCUAUGCGAUUAUAUAAAUUCGAUACGGACUCUGGUCAGGUUUUGGACUACACCCAGUACUACAUGGAUUUGCAGAAUGCCAAUCUACUGGGAGAGCCGAAUUGGGUGCCAGAAUACAACCUGACACACUACUAUGCCCUAAGUGAUAUAUCAGCGAUUUCGUUGCACAAUUUUGUGGAUCGCUUUACCAGCAACGAUGGAUCCUGGUUUGCCAAAUACUAUCGAGCCAACUCGGUACGCUAUCAAACCGAUCCAUGCGAUAAUAUGUGUAUGCUGAAUCACUAUUGUGCCAUUACACGUGUCGAUUACAAAGAAUUUCGCCAAUGUUUGGAAAAGGAACAAAGUGCACUGCGUUCGAAUGCAGGACAGCUAAAGCAUCUAAACGGAAUUAUUCUCUCCGCAAUUAUCUGCACUGUUGCCCUAAUAAAUUUGCGACUUGUACUAAAUCUUUUACAGGCAAUGACUCGCCUAAUAAUUACAUGUCAGCAGGAAUGUCAGGAGCACUUGAAUUUCAGGCGAUUCAUAAACACAGAGAAAUCUAAAUUACAGAGAGCAAAAACGGCCGACAAUGUCAAUCACUACAACAAUGCUAACCACAAUAAUGCACACACGGAUAAUUUAUCCGUUGAGUUGGUGGCUGGGAGCGAGCAUAGCUGUGGACACUCGUGCAUGCAACAGAAACCGAUGAGGGCUUUUCAAAUACGUAGAAACCAUUGCGACAAGGGUCACAGGAGUCACAACAAAUGUAGUGACUCCAAUAGUUUAUGCAACAGUGGCAGUUCACUGCAGCUCAACAACAGCAGCAGCAGCAGCAAUGACAAUAAGCUACAUCUUCUGACUCUUGAUUCCGUAAAGAGCAGCAAUAAUGUCAGGCAACAUAAUGGCAAAAUCCAGAGACUGGCCACCCCUGCAGGUGAGGAUUCAAGUGAAAUUAUUAUGCAACAUCAAAACUCAGUUGCAUCCCGUCUACACACUGUCUUUAGAGUUAAAGCCACCUCUGAUAGCCAGAAGAAUCUGCAUGUCUGUCACAAGUGCUGUGACCACAUAUUAUUAAGGCGUUGCAUGGAGUCAAUAUGUGAGAUAGGCAUUCAUCUGAACUCAUGUAGGAGUUUCGCCGGAGACCACCACCUGCUAUCGUAUUUUAGGUAUUUCUAAUUAAAUUUUGCUAAUCCAUAAGCCUGAUUACAGAGCGGGCGCAACGAUGCUGUGAGUGUAGUUUGAAUUUGAAAAUCUAAUUUUACGCUUUUGUUUCCGACAUGAUUUCCCGUUCGUUAUGGCUUCCGGCUUUGACUGUACUUUCGGUUGCAUAUUGUUGUAAAUUAGGUUGCCGUUACACACACACAUAUACAUAAGGCGAGGCAAAAAUACAUAAUACAUAUUUGUUUGUUGUUCUAAUAUAGGUAAUAUUUAUACAAAUAAUUAAAUCAUACAACAAUAAUUAUAAUAAUAUAGAAUGAAUAAAUGAAUGAAUGCAUAAAUAACUCAAUGUAUACACAGGCCAACUACACAGUAAAUUUUACGUUGUUGUUGUUGCUAAAUAAUUAGUAUUAAUUUUACAACCCACCACUUCAUUUGUUGCAAUUAUUUUACCUUCGAUCAGAGCGGAGUGGAUACGGAGUGUCGCUAUAUUGCCGGUGUUGGUAUCCUCCAACAAAAAAUAGAUAAUGGUGACAAAGUACAUGAGCUUUUAUACCAUGGAAAGGAAAUUUGUCAUUUCGUUUGUAAUACUUCGAAAUAAUCGUCGAAGACACCCAUAAAGUACAGGGUGAGAUAAAAAAAAACUGCAAAAAAGUCAAAUGCCAUAAUUAUUACUUUUUUAUAAUUUUAUUGAAUGAAAGCAAAAAAUGUCAGAAAUAGCAUCAAAUUUUAGAAUAAGUUUAGAUGUGUUCGAAUUGGUCACCUUUGGCACGAAUUAUGGCCUUCAAACGGCCAAUGCAACCGUCACACGCUGCCCGAAUGUUGCUCUGCGGUAUUUUGGCCCGUUCUCGGCGAAGCGCUUGCUUGAGGUGAUCGACAUUUUGAUAGUGCCAACCUUGCUUUCCAAAAUACUCCAGACUAAAUAGUCCAACGGAUCCUCAUUUUGUAACCAUCCUGCGGCCAAAGUGUUUGCAUGCCCAAGGCUUAAAUACACCCUCCUGAAUAUUUUCGCGAUAAUAUUCGGCAUUUAUUCUGAUUCUGAUUAAUACGAGCGAAGAGCGACCAUCGGCUGUUAUGGCGGCCCACACCAUCACCAGGGCCGGCGCUUGAGUUCUGGUUGCCAACCGAAAGUGCACAUUUUCAGCUGACCUCUUUGGCAAUUAAACACGAUCAUUUUACUUGUUUACAAUCUGCUGGACAUCGAAUGUUUUUUCAUCGGAGAAAACUAAAUUCGGCAGUUCACCACUUUCCGCCAAGCGAAGCAACUCUUUUGCUCUUUUGAGUCUAUUUUCUUUCUGUUGCGGUGUAAGUUCUUGCACUUUUUGAAAUUUCAAUGGCUUUACCCCGAGCUAAUUUUCCGAUAUUUGCCGAAUGGAAUUUUGCGAUACCUUCAGCUCUCGAGAAAUUUUUCGAGCACUGCGACGCGAGUUUCGAUCAAGUCUCUUCUUUACUUUUCAAACCAUUUCUGCUGAUGUUGUUAUUUUCUGCCGACCACUUCCUUAACGUCGGGAUACGCUACCAGUAUCACGGUACAAGACACAAAAAAUUUAUUCACAUUUAAAUGCUGGGGUGCUCUAACGAUAGCCACUUGCGGUUUUCCAGCCAGAAUUACAGAAAUCACAUUAUCACGAUCGAAUCCCAUCACGAAUAAAUAAAAUAUGAUUUUGUACGCUUGUAAACAAUAUAAUAAGCUGUCACUGGAAUAAUUUUAACAGCUAUCGGACGAGUGGCUUAGAAAUGACAGCAGUCUAAAAUUGGUUGCGGUUUUUUCAUCUCACCCUGUAUAUACAUUUACGAUCAGCAUUAAAUUCUAAAGUCUUUCAGCUGUUGGUCUGUCUGUCUGUUGAAAACAAUAUUAUUUAAUGUAGAGCUUCAAAAUUUGACAACAUAGCUUUCAUUGUGUCUAGGAUGGUAAUUAAUUAAAACUAUCGUAUAUCAGAACACGUUUCUUGUAUAGCCUCCAUAUAACGUCACCUCACGAUAUUCGAUAUUUUGAUGAUUUUGUCCACUUUUUUAUGGAAUUGAUCCGAAUUCGGUAUUUAGAGUUUUUAUUGACUUUCAACCCCGGUCGAAGAACAUUGCCUAUUAAGAUCAUCGUUUUACUAUUUUGAUGAUUUAAGCCUCAUUUUCUACAGGAUUUCUCUAAAAAUACGGUAUCGAUUUUUAACACAUGUUUACGGAAUUGUUAUAUAUUCGAUAUUAAGAGGUAGUAUAG